AUGGUCAACUUUGCCUGUGAACCGAAGAACCAGGAAGCGAAUGCAGGAGAGGACUCUGGUUUUACUCUUGCCCGUGCAUGGCAUCAACAAGGAGGUGAAGCCUCCGCUCUGUUGGAGAUUGACAUCAAAAGAGGUUCACAUCAUGACCUUUCAACUGAAGUUGGACCCUAUGCAGCGUUGAUCAGAGCUGCACUGGAGAACAAGAUCCACGCCAUCGUCGGUGGCCCAAAUUGCCGAAGCAGAAGUGUCUUGCGUCACUACAAGGUGCCUGGUCAGCCAAACUGUCCACGCCCAAUCAGGUCAUGGGGAGGAGGAGAAUAUGGAAUCAAUGGACUCUCAGAUACUGAAAAAACUAUGAUUGAAGAAGAUGACAUCCUCCUUUGGCGCAUGAUCUUCCUGGCCAUGGUCUCCAACUACAUCAAUGAGGCACGAAAAGAUCCAAGACCUGUUGGCUUCACCUUGGAACAGCCAGCAUCGCCCAAGGACUACAAGCCAGAAGUUGUGUCCUUUUGGGAUACCAAAGAAUGGUCCUCCUUGAAAAAGGAGUUUGGUUGGGAUGAAACUACGUUUGCACAGGGUCAAUAUGGUGGCUCCGCUACCAAACCAACAACCUUUGGCGGAAACUUGAAGCUGGAGGUAUACCCUGAAGAUGAAGAAGGAAAAGAUGAAGUUCAAGCGAAGGAAGGUCAAGAGGAGGCAGCAGGUGAGAAGGAAGAGGAAGAAGAUCCAGUUGAUCCACCCUAUCUCUUGCCUCCACCUGAAAAGAAAGAAGGAGAAGAAGAUCCCAAACCUGGAGGCUUCGACAUCAAGAUCUUCCGAUGGAUGGCUUCCACAUUGGAAGAAUACAUUCAGAUCGAGGUCAUGAAUUCUCCGGGGUCUUCCGGAAACUCACGUGGCAUAGUGCUGACAUGCACACCUGGAGAUGAUCCUCACGCGAAUGGCCGUGUGGAAGCGGCUGUGAAAAGUUUCAAACCACAAAUCCGUUGGCUACUCAAACAAGCCGAUGUGGGCAGCGAAUGUUGGCCAUUAGCUGCUCGCUAUGCUGAUGCCUUGAAUAGAAGCUGGCGACUUGGCGAUGCUCCAAGCUUUCCACCGUUCAUGCAGGACGUCCUUGUCAGACGUCGCACAUGGCGACAGGGUGUCUUUGAGCCCACCGUGGAAACCGUCAAGAUCCGUCAACAUGGACAUUGGGUUCAGCCUGGAGAUGAACCGCCAAGAGUCACCAAAUAUGUCCUUCGAAAAGCAAAAGAACCAAUCACUGACCAGAAAUGGGUCGCAAUUGAGAAGGAGGUCGCUGAUGCUUUGACCACCAGAAGAAGGUUGCGAGAGAAAACAUCAGUGAGAAAGAUAGAAGUUGAGGAGAAAGAUUCAAAGAAUGAGGAGGAAGCAGAAAGAGAGAAGUCUCAUCAGCUGAAGCAGAGGCUGGGAAAAAUGAUAGAAGAAGAGAUGAAGUACAUGGUCGAAGACGACCCUGACAUAGCAGUAGAAGAACUCAAAUGGGUAGCGAAGAUGAAGAGAAUGAUGGAAGAACCAAGUGAGGAGGACAAAAUUCUCCAAACGAAAAAGUUGGAAAAGUUGGCUGGAAGCCAUCGAUGCAGAAGUUCCAAGUCUUUUAGAAGAAAAGGAAGCUUUGAAAAGAUCACAAGAAAGGAACUGGAGGAGAUUCAAAAGAAAGCUGCUCAAGAAGGCCGCACUGUGGAGAUCAUUCCGUCCAAGUUGGUCUUCACAAUCAAAUCUGGUCCCAAUGGCGGCAAGCGCAAAACUCGUUGGGUGAUUUGUGGAAACUACGAGUCCAAAAAGGAUUCCGAAAAAACCUUCUCCAGCGGCGCUGAUGCCGCCGCCUUUCGCCUGUCCAUCUGGGCAGCAUCCCGCCAUCAAUGGGCUGGUGCAGGUGAUCAAGAAGCUAUCCUGAUCGUGAGGCCACCUGCACUUUUCACAGAGAAGGGCUACAUGGCGCCGCAGUCGUUGCCGACGCUCUGCAUAUCAAAACGGUUCAACUCCUGCUCUUGGUGCCACCCUGGCCAAACGGCCGCCGAAUGCCCAACGAAGUGGGCCAAAAGCGAGGUGAAAAAUGCGAAGGAGCUUCUUGCCUAA